CCUCAUUCCCAUCCCUCACACCACAUACACGCAUACGUUCAUUCUAUUCCCCCGGCUUCAGCUUGGGGUCAGGCACUCCGCUUCAUUCGUCUGAUCUACGAACCGUCCGCCAUGUCUGAGGGUCGCCCGUCGCUGAAGCUCACCUUCGGCAAGAAAAAGGCGCCAGAGGAACCGCCCAAAAAGCCAGCUCCUCCUCCACCAUCAGAAACCCCUCAACGCAAACUCACACUAAAAAUCGCGCGUAAACCAACCACAGAAGCAGAGCCAGAGAAAGCAAAGAAGAAAAAGCCAUCGAAAAAGCGGCCAGCCGAUGAACCCGCCGCCAGCGAGCCUUCUGCGUCGCGGCCCGCGCCAGAAAAGCCGGCAGGCCCCAAGCGUUUGAAGUUGAACCCUUCCAAGAAACCCGGCGUGCAGUCGAUUCGGAUUAAGAAUAAGGGCCUGGUUCCCAAUCGGCCAGUUGGUGUUGGAUACGACUCGGAAGCGUCAGAUACAGAAAUCGAUCCCUCCAUCGAGGAAGGGUUUAUCCUACGUAUGCUACCUGGGGAGGAAUGUGAAUAUCUACGACGUGCUAUCGCCGAACGACGAUUUGAUCGCUCAGAGUUCUCGUUCAAACCGCUUACGCGCGAAGGACGACGCGCCGUUUUUAGAGUUCGAGAUAAGCAAUUUGCUGCGGCUUUGGUGGAUCUACCAUGUAUUAUUGAGGGUAUGAAGAGUUGGGAUCGCCGUGGAUGGUACAAGUCGGGGGAUAUCUGUCAGAUGCUGUUGGUGCUGGGCCCGGUUGCGAACGAGAAAGAAGCUUUGGAGUACCCACUCCCUCCCGAGGUCGAACACGGCGAUGAUAAGACUUUGCAGUAUCCUCAUGGUCUGACGCCGCCUUUGCAGUGGGUGCGCAGGCGGCGAUUCCGUGAGCGAGUUAGUACUCGGACGAUUGAACAGGUAGAGAAGGCUGUGGAAGAUUUGAUUGCACAGGAUGAAGCCGCUUUUGGCGUCCCUCGUUACGAGUUGGUCGAUAGCGCGUCACUGAACCGGGCUGAGGGCCUUGUACAAAGUGGAGAAUAUGACGAGUACGAUGACGAGCAGGAUGCCGAAGGUGAAUGGGAUAUGGGGAUGGAAGAGGCCCCCGGUAUCUUUGAAGACUUUGAGGACGCCCUUGCUGCGGAGAUGGAAGCUGCUCUGGCCGCCGAUGACAAUGCAGCUCCUCCCGCUGCGGCUGCGACUCCCGUGGACAGUGGGGUUUAUCAAGCUGGUACGCCUAUGGCAACGAAGCCGUCCACACCUGCAGCGGAGUCGUCGGGUGACGAGAGCGACGAGUCUGAUGGAGACGAGCGCGGUGUGCCUGAAGACGGACUGGAUGAGGAGCAGCUGGAACAGCGGCAACAAAUGCAACAGCAACGUGAAGAAAUUGCAGAGUUAGAAGCGCUUAUCCGAACGGAGACCGCUAAGUGGGAGAAGAUGCAAAACCAGAUUUUGAAGAACAAGCUUGCCAGGCGCAUUCAGGAAUUGAAGAAGGAUCUUUCUCUGAAGAAAGUGUCUAUCGGAGAAGGUGACGAGGACGCUUAAUCUUGUUACGUUUUGAGAUAUGCUUUUGUUGGAUCGUUGAAACUUGAUACCCCGAAUAAAUUAUUGUUGCAAAAUUGAAUGACAGAGUUCGCAUACGAACUGGCCUUUUCUUUUUCUUUCUUAUCUUCUGCUCAUUUUUCCGACUAUUGUAAUUUAGUGGGGGCGGAAAUCGUGUACCUUAUCGCUACUUAAUUAACUGAAGAUCAAUGUCCC